AUGACUGCUCAGAGGAUCACUGAAGCUGCAGCUGCAAUGUUCGGCGAUGCUCCGUACGUGGUCGUCGAGAUUUAUAAAGACGGCGAGUGCUCGCCUCUUAGCGGCGUGCAAGCGUUUUCGUCGGACCAGGAAUGCCACGUCGCCAUUGAUGGCACAAGAUUCACGUCGACCUUAGCUGAUACUGGAGACGGUGAUGUCGUUCUCUACACGGAUGACAAGUGCGGGGCGACGGGUGAUGACAAGACCACCAUGGCGCUAAGCCCGAAGAUGCUCGGCGAUAGGAACCCCUGCACUGACAGCGCCAAGUAUUACUCCUUCAACGGCCCGCCCCCACCUCCCAAAUCUACCCCCGCCUCCACGACGCCCUCAUCCACACCUUCCACGACGACGAGGACCCCAACGACUCCAAGCUCCACGCCAUCUUCAACUACGGAGGCGCCUACCACCACGAGCACAGGAUCUGGAACUUCGGAUGCGGCAUCACUCUUCCCGACAUUGACAGCUUCGCUUGGACUGCUCGCGGCAGCCUUUGGACUUCUCCUUUAA